AUGGUAAUUGGGGCUUUUUCUUUCCCAUUUUCCCUUGCUGAUUUUUCUGUGUAUUCUUCUGGUUUUGGUGGGUGUGUUUCUGAUGGUAUGUCUUGUGGAACGGUUGCUGAGGGUAUGGUUGCUAGGUCUGUAGAAGCUCCCAAGCUUCCUAAGUGGCGAGGCCGCCCUAUCAAGAUUUCGAUUUGGCCCCAGUUUCAGGGGAAGCAGCGUUGCCUUCUUGUCCCCGUGGGCGCCCGAGGAAGAAGCAGAUAUCAGUUGUGGAGCCUGAGCUAUGUUCUUUUUCAGCAAGGGAAAAUGGAGGGCAACAGUGAAAUGAGGAACAGCGAUUACCAAAAUAGGAAUGGACGUGAUAUCUCCAAAGGAGCAUUUGAUGAUAAUCUACAUGCAGGUGGUGGCCAGCUCCGAAAAAGGAAGAGAUUCUCUCCUCAACAAAUUAAGGAGCUUGAAGAUGUGUUCAAGAAGACUUCUUAUCCUAAUGAGAUUGAAAGAUCAGAUCUUAGUAAUAGACUUGGCUUGGAGAAAAAGAGCGUUGCGUUCUGGUUUCAGAAUAGAAGAGCCAAAUCGAAGAAGGAAAAUUUAUUGUUGGAGAAUGAGAAGCUCCGGGCAGAAAAUCGUGUGCUGAAGCAAGCCAUAGCUGAUUCAACUCUCAACAACUGUGAUGGCCCGAUAAUAUUUAGUAAGCACUCAAAUUCAAUGUAA